AGGUUUGCGUAAUUUUUUUCGCACGCCAGGUGAGACUGCAUUACACUGUAGGAAUUAGCGCAGUUUCAGUAAGAGACUGCACUGUGAGACACGCAAAGACCUCCUCAAGACUACAAACUCCGGGGCUGCUUUGUUGUUUCCGGAUGAAACUAUAGGUCUCCAGAUCUGCAAUGUCUCUUCUGGAAUUUCUGUGGAAUUCCCUGCUGUUCUGGUGGUUUCACCAUCGUAGCUCGGCACCAAACGUUUCCAGCCGGCCGUGCCGAGAAUGCACGUUGCUCUCUAAUUUCAGGAGACGCAUACGCGGGCGAACUAGGCAGGCAAGCAAGGCAAUCUUAUUGGACAAUAGCUCAGGGUCCGGGGUCAAUCACCUUUGCUUAUUGAUGAUAAUGCAGCGUUGGAAGAUGGUCUCAUUGAGAACUCGCGUCUUCUGGCAUUCAUAAUAGCAAUGUAGUUAGUGCACGUUAGGCAUGUACU